GAAAUUUACUCCCGAUAACAAAGACUCACCAAACCUUACAUAUGACCAGAUGUGAGUUGAUAUGAGCAACAGACUGGAACAUUUCGUGCUGCAGGUUCACAGGAGGAACGGGAGGUGAUGGAGACGGAAGGACGGCUGAGGAUAUUACAUUUUGUGGAAGAUGUGUCGCGCACAACCAGAUACAGAAGGCGGCGAAACAAUUGAAAAGAAAAACGAUCGUGAUCAAAGUGUCAGAAGAGAAGCAGGCGAUUUGAACGGAAGAAUCAGAGAGUUUGACAGAACAGACAUUUGGAAAGAUCGGCGUUCUGGUGAAGCAGAUAUCCAACGUCAUGCUGAUUUCAAAGACUUGAAAUUGCACGGAGAUGAAUACACAGGCGUGGAGAGAAUAGUAUACAAGAGGCUGAGCAAUUGGAGAGACAGAGAUUCUCGUAGUAUAGACAGCAAUCAGAAUGAAGGUUUCAAGGAAGCUCCUUCAGACAGAAACACAGGCCAAGAGGGAGUCGAUUCCUUCAGGACAGACAAUUGGAGAGUUCGGGCGCCCAGGCCUCCCAUAUUAAACAAGAUGUAGGUUUCAAAAAGUUUGACAGGCUCACAGAUCGAAACCAAGGCCCAGCUGAUUCUACAAAAACAGGCAACUGGAGGGAUCGGUGUCCUGAGGGAACAGAUAUCAAGCAGCAUGUUGGCUUUAAAGCCCGGAAAAAACUCAGAUGGAAACAGCCAACAAUGCCAAGUUGAUUCUACAAGAACAGGCAACUGGAGAGAUCGGGGUUCUGAGGGACCAAAUAACAAGCAGCAUAUAUGCUUGAAAGCGCGAGAAGUAAAUUCAGAUGGAACCAGCCAACAAUGCUCAGUUGAUUCGUCGAGAACAAGUAAUUGGCGUGAUCGGUGUCCUGAGGGACCAAAUAUCAAGCAGCAUGUAGGAUUCAAAACACGAGAAGUACACUCAGGUGGACAAGCAAGACAAUACACAACUGAUUCUACAAGAACAGGCAACUGGAGAGAUCGAUGUUCUGAGGGAGCAGAUAUCAAACGGGAAGUUCACACAGAUAGAGAAACAGGACAGCAUGGAAGAAUUGUGAAAGGAACAGGUACACAAAGAUAUGAAAACUCCCGUGGCCUGGUUUUGUCCCAGCUCGAAGAACUGAAAAAUAAGGAUCCUUCUACUAUUCUGUUCACACUGAAUUCAAGAAUACAUAGUUUGAUGGAUCAACAUACUCUUCCACCCAAUGCUGUGUAUACAUUUGUAAGUCUCAUAGCACAGGGCAUCCAAUGCAAAACUGAGUCCAGCAAUGUCAGCAAAAUGCUACUAGCUGUACAAGAGUCUAACUUCUAUGAACAUGUUUCACAUAUUUUGGUGUUACUUGAUACAAAUCUGACAGAAGAAGACAAGACUCGAUGUUUCCUAAAGGAUCUGAUAACCAUUCUUUGUGAAUUGUACAUUCGACUGCCACAUGCCUUUAUGAAAGUAAAGGUACUUGGCUUGGAGGAACAGUUGACAUUGGUAACCCAAAAGCUGCAAAGAAAAUCCAAUAUCGUUGAUGACGAAAUUGUUUCUAAUUUGAGUGAACUCCAAAAACUGAAAUAUUCAGUUCUUCAGAAAUCAGUGACAGUUAAAGAGGAGGACAGAGAAGGUGAACCUCCUGAUGACUUUAGAGCUUUAUCCAUACUGCCAAAUGCCAGUGAUAUCUAUGGUAAAGAGAUCAUAUUCCUGAGAAAGAAUAAAACCAUCGGUGGUUACAAGAAUCUUGACCAUUAUCUAGAUGUCCAGUUUCGACUCCUCAAAGAAGAUUUUGUUGGUCCAUUGAGGGAUGGUAUUGGAGCUGUUGCUGAAAACACCAAGUUGAAACAAGGACAGAGGAUAAAUUACGUCCGAGCAUAUCAUGGUGUACAAAUCGGUAGGAAAGUUUGUUCAACCAGUGGAAUAUUGCACAGACUGCACUUUGAUGUAAGUGGUCUGCAGGAGAUGGUGUGGGAGGAGUCCAAGAGUCUCAUCUAUGGUUCGUUAGUGUGCCUGCUGCCAGAUGGCUUUGACACAUUUAUCCUGGCCACGAUCACUGACAGAGACCCCAAACGUCUCAGAUCAGGCAUCGUAGAUGUAUCGAUUGAAUUUGGUCAGUUUGAAAUAGGAUCUGACAUGAAAUAUACCAUGAUUGAAACAACAGCUUUCUUCGAAGCCUAUCGCCAUGUGCUCAGAGCUUUGCAAGAGAUUCACGAAGGGGAACUUCCUUUUGAAAAGUACAUCAUUCACUGUGAAACCAGUCAGGACUCUCCAAGAUACCUAACAAGAUAUUCCGGAUCAUCAGUUUAUGACUUGCAAUCACUGACAGAAAAAGCUUUGCCUGAACAUAUGGACGACCUUGCUUAUGAAUCUACUGUAGCAGUGAAUAUUUUGGAAGAUGAAGAUUGGCCUACAGCAGCUACUCUCGGUUUGAAUCCGUCACAGUACGAAUCUUUGAGGAACGCCUUGACAAAAGAGUUUUCAAUCAUACAAGGUCCACCAGGAACAGGCAAAACGUUUAUCGGUCUGAAGAUUGCUAAAGCUCUGCUCCAUAAUAGUCAUCAAUGGAAGAAGCCUAUGUUGAUUGUGUGUUACACAAAUCAUGCUUUGGAUCAAUUUCUUGAGGGAAUCAUUAGCUUUCACAGCAAAGGUGUCAUCAGAGUUGGCAGUAGGAUUUCAAAAGAAUGCCUUGAAGGCUACUCACUAAACGUUCUAAGGUGGAGAAAUCGAAGCAAACUCAUGAAGCAUAUCAGAUGGGAACACAGAGAAGCCAUUGAAUGGUUUCAAGAAAUGCUGGAGGACGCACAUGUGACACUGGAGAAUGCAAGAGAGACAAUAUUACAUGAAGACACUCUUUGUCCAUACAUGCAUAUGUCUUAUGACAAGUUGCUGAAAGGGAUGAAGACCAAACUUGCAGAGCUUGAGCUUCAUCUUGGCCAUGAGGUGGAAUUUCCUCGAUGUGUCAGCCAAGAAUGGCUUGGAGUGGGAAAACUUGAAGCCACUGGAUAUUUGCCUCAAGGCGUAUUUUCAGACAUAUGAGUUUGGGGAAGAAAAGAAGAAGACAACAAUGUUACUUUGGGUAUGUCAACACCUCAAAAUACGUCUGCCCAGAAUGAGAAUUUCUAUGGCUUCCAGUUUCCCAAAUGGCAAAGAAAAAGUGUGAAACGACGCAUGCUGGAACAACUUAGGUCAUCUGAUCGAAUGACAGAAGAUGAAGCAGAACAAAUUUGUGAGCCAUGGAGUCUGUCUAUGCAUGACAGAUGGCGGCUGUACAGAUACUGGAUUUUCAAACAUCGCGAACAGCUGGAAAGAAAAAUAAGGCUCUACGAAGAAUUGUACAACGAAGUUUCGACAGACUUAAAGAGAUUACAAGAGACCGAGGACAGGAUAUUAUUGGGAAAUGCUACAGUGAUUGGCAUGACAACGACAGCAGCAGCUCGGCAUCGACAAAUGCUAGCCGAGAUUGGGCCUAGCAUCAUCAUGAUAGAGGAAGCCGCUGAGGUUCUUGAAGGACACAUCAUCAGUACUUUAACCAAGAAGUGCGAACACCUGAUACUCAUCGGGGACCACAAACAACUGAAGCCAAACCCAACCGUUUACAACUUGGCAAAACGGUAC